CUUGUCGCCAAGGUUAGAGGCUCAAAAUGUCAAGUUAUAUUCACCAUUUUUUUCUUGUAAAAACUACGCAAUGACCACCCAAAUUUUUUUUACGAUGGACAGGAAAAUGUUUAUGAACAGAGAAUAAAAGCUUUUGACCCAAUGGAGGACGUUCUAACACAGAUAGCGGAUCCCAACAUCGUUCUUGAACCUAUCACUACACAAAAAUUGUAUCUUUCGACAACAAGGCCCUCAGUUAGCAAACCUUUUGUGGAGAAAGAAACAGCAAAGCCUAUAGCAAGCAAAUUAAAAACUUCAGCAACUCAAUACACCGAUUACAGUGACAGUACAAGAGAGAUUUUGAUUGAUCGAAUACUUGAAAGCCCCGAAGAAAGAGGGAGAGCAACCCGACUUGCUAAGCAACUUGGUAUAAACCCUCGAACAGCUCAACGAUGGUGGGUUCAGUACCAGAAGAGUGGAGAGGUUCCCUACAAGCAAUCCAGGUUCAAUAGCGGACCAGAAUGCUUAUUUACAAGUACACACCAGGACUUCGUUCAGAGCAUAGUUGAUAAGGACCCUCAGUUGUUUACUAAAGAUAUUAUUGAUCGCUUAUCUGAAGAAUUCAAGGGUUUUACUAUAUCAAAAACUAAACUUAAUCAUCACUUAAGAAAUACUAUGCUUAUUUCUGUUAAGAGUUACAGUCUUUUGUUCAAUUCUUGUAUAUGUUUCCUAAAUUUUGUUCCUCAUCCUGAGUAUACAUACUCUUGUGUUGGCUAUUCAUGGCGUGUAUUGAUCUUUGCGUGUAAAUUGAUAAAGUAAUUUUUUUAGCGGCAAUACACCUCACUUGAAAGUUACCCGUAAGGGACUUGCACCACCAUGAGAUCCAUUAUUAUUAUUAUACCACUCAAAUCUGUAAUUAGGUCUCCCCACUUAAGUAAUUUCUUUUCUGAAUAAAUCUCUAAAGGACUUUACUCGACUUCUUUUCUUUUUAUUAUUUUUU